GCCAUCCACUAAUGCACAUUUAAUCCAGCAUUACAGCCUUGUGCUUUGACAGCAGGAAUUUAAAGACAACCUCAGCUCGUGUUCGGCCAUUAAGAAGUUAGCUGGAAAUGCAGAUUAAUCUUCAACCGACAUGAAAUGUGACUCUGGGAGCUUUGCUCCCUGCUAUGCAGCACUGACUGCAUGGCAGCAGCUUCAGCCAUGGCUCCCCUUAAUCUACCUUGGCUGCACCGAGGCUGUUAUGAGAGCGUAAAUCAGCAGCACUGUGCAAACCCAGGGCUCAGGACUCAGUUGGUGCACACACCACUCCCCCAAGGGACAAAAUCCCCAGUCCUGGAGGGAGGACACCACUGGGGUGCCAUGCUGGAGCUUCUCCCCAUGUCCCCAUACUCACAGCCCCAUCCCUGCUGCAGGGGCCGGAGCUCAGCACUUGCUUAUCAGCAACCUUUACUCGUGUUUGCUCAGCCCCUCCGGCCACAGGCACCCCCCCCCAGGACAAGGUUCGGGGCUGGCUCAGCACAAAGCAGGGCAGCAGAGUGUCCCAGCUGGGAUGGAGGCCGGGGACGGGAAGGAGGAGAGCCUACAGCCCAUGGCACUGAGCCGCUUCCAGCUCUCCGAGGAGUAUGGCUUCCUUCUGCCCAACCCUCUGACAGAGCUGCCACCUUCCUACAGCCCUUGGAUGGACAUUGCCCAGGAGCUGCCCCAGCUGAUCGCCAGCCACCAGCUCCGUGCACGCAUCCACCAGAUGCCACAGCUGAAUACUCAACACCUCCAAGGACGAGAGGAGCUGCACCUGGCUCACCUGGUGCUCAGCUUCCUCACCAUGGGCUACGUCUGGCAGGAGGGCGAGGAGGGCACCACGAAGGUAACAUCAGCCCCUGCUCUCUGGGGGCCACAGCCUUCGUGCAGGGGGUGAUGCCAGAGCUGAUACAAAGCCCCAUGCUGUGCUCUGUGCCCCCCCAGGUGCUGCCCCGCAACCUGGCCGUCCCCUUCUGGGAGGUGUCACAGGCCCUGGGGCUGCCCCCCAUCCUCACCCAUGCAGACUUCGUCCUGGCCAACUGGAGGAGGAAGGAUCCCAGCGGGCCUCUGGAAAUUAAGAACCUGGAGCCCAUCAUAUCACUGCCUGGGGGAGAGAGCCUGCGCGGAUUCAUCCUCGUCACACUCCUAGUGGAGAAAGCAGCUGUGCCUGGCAUCAAGGCCACCAUUCAGGCCAUUCACGCCCUCCAACACUUUGAUGAUGAGCGCCUGCACCGAGCCCUGCAAGAGCUGGCAGAAGCCAUUGGAGACAUGGACAAAGCUCUGCAGCAGAUGCACGAUUACGUGGAUCCAGCAGUAUUUUACACCGUGAUCAGGAUCUUCCUCUCUGGCUGGAGGGACAACACGGCCAUGCCCCACGGGCUGCUCUACGAAGGAGUCUCCGAGCAACCCAUGGCGUUUUCAGGAGGCAGCGCAGCACAGAGCUCCGUGCUCCACGCUUUCGAUGAGCUCCUGGGGAUUCAACACAGCCAGGAGAGCACCACGUUCCUGCACAGGAUGAGGGACUACAUGCCCCCUCCCCACCGUGCCUUCAUCAGGGACAUCAGCCAGGCUCCCUCCCUGAAGCAGCACAUCCUCAGCUCUGCAGACCCGCGGCUCCGUGAGGCGUUCAACCACUGCAUCACAGCACUGGUGGACUUCAGAUCCCACCACAUCUCCAUCGUCACCAAGUACAUCGCUGUGGCCAAGGCCAGGGCAAGGCAGGAGGAAGCUGCUUCCAUUGGCAAGCCCCCAGUUGCACUGGAGGCCAAGGGAACCGGCGGGUCACACAUCUUCAUCUUCCUGAAGAGCGUCAGGGACAGCACCAGACAAGGGCUGAUCAGUGUCUGAUGGCACGGUGCUUGCUUGCUGCACCUUUCUGCUCGUGCAGGUCUCAGCUCACUCCUCCCCACUGCAUCCUUGCCUGCUCUGCAGCAUCUCUUCAGGAUUUCAUGAUUCCAAGCUGCUCUGAAACACGAGCCUGCCUGGGGGAGGAGAGUGCUGCCAUCCAUCACCCCAAAGCACACAGGGAGCAUCAGCCCAAGGCACCAGCAGGAUUGUGCCACCCGAUGGCCUCUGUGACAUUGGGACUCCGCUGCAGGAAUAACACAGCCUAAUAAAGCUGCAGCUUCUAGGGACGAA